UUUCCAUCGAGAGCAGAAAUGGAAGAUUGGGGAAAAACCUAGAUCUCCUUCUCAGAGAGUUAUCUUCUUCAUCCCUCUCUUAACAAAUCUACUAGUUUCUUACUGAUCGUUUGCUUCAUCACUCGCAACUAAGUUCUCAACUUAUCACUUUCAACUCAUCAGCUUGUUUUAGAAGAAUCGACAUCAGUUCUCUAUGGAGAAAAAGGAAGAUGAGAAAGCAAAUAAGAUAACUUUUAGGAGCGUCCCAGAAUUUAGAGGGCUAUUUAUUGACCAAUGUUUGGCACAAGCUACUGAGUAUGGAUUUUCUGGAACUUCUUUGAAGCAAACUUCGUGGGGAAAUUUGUGCAAGUUCUUUUCUGAGAAGUAUGACUGCACCAUCACACAAAAAAAGUUGAGAAACCACUGGGAUUACUUGCGAACCCAAUAUGUCACUUGGUCCCGUCUCUUAGCAAGAACCGUCCAUGGGUAUAACGCGGAGACGAACACAUUUGAUUGGAGCGAAGAGCAAUGGAUUGAAUUAGACAAGACAAUCAAAAACGCCAGUCAAUUCAAGAAAAAGGGACUGGAAGAUGCAGGGAAGUUUCAGAAUUUAUUUGAUGGAAAAUUCUCCACUAGAGCUAAUAGAGAUACGCCUGGAAGAGUGGAACCGCCUUGUUCAGCUGGAACUUCUACAACUGCAGGGGUUUCAAAUAAUGGAUCUGAAUCUCGUACAAGUCAUGGAAAAAAAAUCAUGAGGAUGACAACGAGGUUGAUUCUAGUCUCAAUACAAAGGGGAGUGGCAGGAAAAGGAAGAAGGAAAUGGAGGAAGAAUCAAGUGAUCUAUUAACUGAGAAAGUUUGUUAUUUUAACAUCGAUGGAGACUCAUCUUCAACAUAAGAAACUUGCUCUAGAAAAGGAUACGCAGCCGAAUUCGUGAAAGCUUUGGA